UGUCCUGCCUGUGUCCUCUUGGGUAGAACUCGCUUUGAGGGAGCCUGGGGUUCCCCGGUAAGGUAGGACACCUGUCCCGAUUGGGUACGAUUCUGCCCUCCGCCGUCUCUCAGGACCCUCAGGGUAAACCGGCCCUUGGUCUCGUCCGGAGGAGACCCGGCCGCCGGCCGCGGUGGAGCCCCCGGGCCGUGAAGGGCGGCCGGCGCACGCAUGCGCAGAGGCGCAGCAUGGGGGCGGGAGCCGCUGCACCCCUUCCCCGCGUCUGUAACGAUCGUUUCUAGGAAGAAGAACGAGUACAGUAAUGAACACCUUGUAUGUGAUGAUGGCUCAAAUCUUAAGAUCUCGCCUGAUAAAGGCUGCACUGAUUUCUCACCAAAUGAAAAUGCUUCCAUAUCUUGGAGUCAUUAGAAACAGGAUGAUGUCAACUCAUAAGUCAAAAAAGAAGAUGAGAGAAUACUAUAGGCUGCUGAAUCUGGAUGAAGGAUGCUCUCCAGAUGAUGUCAGGGAAUCUUUUCGUAAGCUCGCCAAGCAGUACCAUCCGGAUGGCGGCUCUUCUACUGCUGAUUCUGCAACAUUUAUAAAGAUCGAAGAAGCUUAUAGGAAGGUGCUUUCCCACGUGAUGGAACAAACAAAUGCCAGACAGCAAAAUGUUGAAGAAGCAGACGAAGACGAAAAAUUAAAAUAUAAAACACCCCAACACCGGCAUUACUUGAGUUUCGAAGGUAUUGGAUUUGGGACUCCUAGUCAACGAGAGAAGCAGUAUCGGCAAUUUAGAGCAGACCGUGCAGCUGAGCAAGUGAUGGAGUAUCAGAAGCAGAAACUACAUAGCCAGUAUUUUGCUGAUAGUUUAACUGUUAAAGAUGUGAGGCAGACUAAAGAACAAAAGAUAACCCAGGCAAUAGAGCGUUUAGUGGAGGAUCUCAUCCAGGAAUCAAUGGCAAAAGGAGAUUUUGACAAUCUCAGUGGGAAAGGAAAACCUCUAAAAAAAUUUUCUGGCUGUUCAUAUAUUGAUCCUAUGACUCACAACCUGAACAGAAUAUUGAUAGAUAAUGGAUACCAACCGGAAUGGAUCCUAAUGCAAAAGGAAAUAAAGGAUACUAUUGAUCAACUCAGAGAGGCAAUUUUAGUGUCCAGGAAAAAACUUGGGAAUCCCAUGACACCCACUGAACAGAAACAGUGGGACCACAUUUGUGAGGAAUUUCAAGAAGACAUCAGGAAAUUAAACAAGCGAAUUAACGAUUUUAAUUUAGUUGUUCCCCUCCUAACCAGGCAAAAAGUCCAUUUUGAUGCACAGAAAGAAAUUGCCAGAGCCCAGGAAAUAUAUGAGACCCUUAUAAAAACAAAAGAAGUCACAGAUAAAAACCGAAAUAACAUUGAUCAGGGAGAAGGGGAGAAAACACCUGGAGUCAAGACAGGUUUUUUCAACUGGAUGAAUAUGUGGAAAUUCAUUAAAGUCUGACCAUCUCAGUGUUCACAGUACUGCCCCAAAUCAUUUUCAGUUGUACUGACA